AUGUCCGCCGUAAAUGAGAAUCCCCGACUAGCUGUCGAAGCUGCACCAGCUGUCCCCGCCGCUAAGGGAAAGGCCAAUGAGAAGGUCAAGGCUCCCAACAAUAGGACUUCGUCCGGCAAACAGUGGACCCAAGCCGAAAAAGAUGCAGUUGUAGUUCAGAUUCUCUUUCAGGCUGCUGGCAAGAGCUUUGUUCCUAACUUCACGGCCAUCAAGGCUACGGAUCGCACCGAAAAGGCUGUCAGACACAUUUGGGAAGCACUCAAGAAGUCUCAUGCCAUUGUUAAGGAUGGAAAUGGUACUUUUAACUCAUCCCUGGCUGCUAAGGGUGAAGGUGUCGCUAAGGGUAGUUCAAAGAAACGCAAGGUAGAGAUCGAGGGUAAAGGCGAAGGCGUUGCUAAGAAGAAGAAUAAAGUAGCGAAGAAGACUACCUCCGAGCCUGAGAUCGAGGAGAACGUUAGCGACACCGGUGAUUUUUACGAUGACUCUGGCAACGGUGGUAUCGAUUCAGAAGAUCAAGCAAGCGCAAUUUUUGACGACGAUGAUUAG